AAUAAUAGAAUAUUCCUCCGUAGAUGCUCCAGCUACUCCUAUAAAAGGAGGGCUCCCCCUCAAUGUUAAGGGGGGCCAAAAAAUUCACUCUCCCUGCUCAUUACACUUUCUCUUUCUAGAAUGUUUUAGUUGUCUUGUCAUAGCCUUUGCGGAGCAGCGUGUGGUGCAUCUUCAAAGUUCAAUAUGGAUAUGGGUAUGACGGUGGUGCGACGACCACCAACUGCCGCCGCCAGUAAGCACCCUAUCAUAUUCUCUCCGAUCGCCGCAGCUGACAAACCCGGCCUUCGCAUACCAUACCGCCACCCGAGAGUAGCGACGCCGAUCAGCAUAUCUCGAGCAUCGGAUCCCAAACGAGAGGCUCCGAAUACCGAAUCGGGUCGCCGACGAAACCCUGCCUUCGUUCCCCAGGAGGAUUUGGAGUAUUUGGUGAAAUUGGGUGCCGGAUCAGUGGUGGCCGCAGCUGCAAUCAAGUACGGAAGCAUAGUGUUUCCGGCGGCCACAAGCCCUAAUUUAGCCGAAUCCACGGCCAUCAUCACUGCUCCGGUCAUUGUUGCCAUCGCGUUGCUCGUCAAGCAGAGUCGAGCCGAUCGCUAAGGAAGAAAGGAAGAACGAAACUAAAUGUGCUGUUGGAACAAUCCUUUGGCUUUAGCAUUUUGAAAACUCAUGUAACACCAAGGUUUAAGUGUAGUGUGUUCCGCGUUAAUCUACACUAUUAACUUUGGCCAUUAUUAAAUGAUUUUAUUGUUGUAAUAAUAAUUAGGGCAAAAAGAAUGGGUUUUUUCUCCCUAUUGAUUAGGGUUUUUUCUCCCUGGCGGCUAGGGUGCUUCUUCAAUCAAGAAAUUGCCAUUUG